UAAGAAUCGGUUUAAUAUAAAAAGUUAUAAUUGUAACGAUCAGUUUAAAAAAUAUACUCGAAGUUACCAUGAAGCGCGGGGUCGCGAAUUUUUUUAUACUUGUGUAUUUAGUGAGCCAGAACAUAAACGCUGGUUCAUCACAAAGCACACAAACGCAAGCGGCAUCCUCUUCAGCAUCACAAACCAGAGCCUCUAUUCCACAAUCAUCAUCACCAUCAUCACUGACGCAGUCUUCAUCAUCAACAAACUCCAUCUCAUCACAGCCUCAGGUUGUAUUGCUCAACAAUGACCAAGCAAAACUAAUUCGACCAACUAUUAGUCCAAAUACAACACCCAACCUCCAAUACGUCUACUUUGUUGACCAGAAUGGCAAUAAUCCAGGAAUCAAUGGUCAAUCAAUCAAUACUCAAGGUGGAGGUAAUCAGCCACAGCAAUGCAAUACCGUGAAGUAUCCAUUGAAGACAGAUUUGACAGCUCUGACCCCCGUUGUGGUCCCAAAGAAUGUUGGUCCUUGUUCAAGUAAGUCCAGGGUGGACAACACCAAUGUCCCUUCACAAAUCCAAGGGUCACCAAGUAAUAGACAGAAUCCCCAGAUUCAGAUAUUUUCAGCUGACUGUAGCAAAAGUAUUCAGAAUCAAGCUCAAACUCCAAAUGCUGUAAAAGCAAAUGAGGUACGGUCUCAAAGCCAAGGAGCAGCUACUGUCUAUCAAAAUGUGAAUAGCAAUAAUCGACAAGAAGCUAAUAACGUUUUGUAUCAGAAUCAAGCCCAAGUUAAUACUUUCCAAGAUAUUAAUAAAGGUAACAAUAUACAGAGGAGCGGUGGAAAUGUGAUUGUGUCACAAGCACAAAGUCAAGCUACAGCUAACAUUUUCCAAAAUCCAAGUGCUGAUUUGUUUGUUUUACAAAAUCAAGUACAACCAAAUUCUUACUCCGCUUCUAGCAAUUCAAAUCAAAUCCAAGGAAACCAAGGAACCUUCGUUGUAUCACAAAACCAGCAAACGACAAAUAUAAAUCAGAAUAUAAAUAACAAUCAAGUUCCAAGAGAUGCGAACGUUGUUUUGGUGCGUACUAAUGGACAGAAUGAAGUUAAUACUAUUAAGGGAAAUGAUGGUAUUUAUGGACAAAGUCUAGCAAAUUCCAAUAUUUAUCAAAAUUCGAUCAAUAAUCCAGCAUACAUAAACUUGAAUCAAGCCUCCUCAAGUGCUAAUUCAAUUACCGGUAAUGGAGGUAAUAUUAUAGUAUCUCAAAGUCAAGCUAAUGCCAAUAUCCAAAAUUUCAACAACAAUCAGGUUUCUAAAAAUGAGCCAAAUUUGUUCUUUGUACAAAAUCAAGGGCAAUCUGCGAAUAAAAACAAUGGAAAUGUUGUUUUAACACAAAGCCAAGCUUCAGCUAAUGCUCUUCAAACAAUAAAUCCUAAUCAAGUCAUAGGAAACCAACCAAACGUAGUUCUGACACAAAAUCAAGCACAAGCAAACGUUUAUCAAAAUCCAUAUCCCAAUCAAAUGAAGGUAAUCAUUCCCAACACUGUUCAAAUACAAAAUACAGCAUCAAAUAAUAAUUGUCAGCAGCAGAACAUGAAUCAAAUACAAGUGAACCAACCACUGCUGAAUCAGGUACAGAGCCAAGAUAAAACAACUGUUCAACAGUAUUCUACAAAUAUUGUGCCAACUAGUUAUUCACUUCCACAGGGUCAACAACAACUUAAUCAGUUGACAUUGCAAAACAAUGGCAAUGCUGCUAUAUUUUCUGUUCCCGCCCAAACCAUAAAUUCAUUUGCCUCAUCUUCUCAAGGCGCAUCAACUUCUGCUAUUUCAUCGUCCGGAGUAUCUUCGUUUUCAUCGGUAAACAAUUUACAAACCAACAACGUGAUUGGUGGUCCAAAGCUACCAACUAAUGUACCAUGUGCCAAUAUUGUACAGUUCAACUCGGUAAAUAACACACAAUCUUAUCCUCAGAGACAGAACAAUCCUCGGUGUAACUCUAAUGUCCCUUCUAAUAUUAAUUAUCAGCUUUCUCCUACUUCUUCUAAUGUACCCUUAUAUAACGUCAAUGGUCAACAAAAUAUCCCAGUAAGUUCAAUUUCAUUUAAUCCCACAGUUCCUCAAAAUUCUCCGCCAUCAGCUUCCUCAUUUAAUGUUGCAGAUAGAAAUAACAUAGUAGUUGCCAAUCCAAAUUCUUAUGUUACUUUGAAUUCAAAUGCCGGCACUCAAGCAGUGGCCAACCAAUUCACAACCCAACUUAAUAGAAAUGAAAAUUCUUUAAGUCAGUCAAAUAACUUGGCUAGCGCUGUGUCUUCAAAUGUUCAACAAAAUAUCGGUCAGUAUUUAGCUGGAAAUACUCAAAACUUUCAACAAAAUAAACUUAAUAAUUUUAACCAGGUGACUACUCAAAGUCUUUCUGUCCAACCUAAUAAUUAUUGUAAUCAAGCGAAUGUUAAAACUCCUGUUGUAACUCAUAACCAAUGUGGGGCAACUUCAUCAAAUUCCAAGCAAUGUCAAGAGCAAAAGAGUGUUUUGUCAAAAAUAGGUAUAGAUAAAUCGAAAAUUCCUCAUACAGUGAGUAUUUACAAUGGUGGUGUACCAACACCAAGGCCACAACCAAAUUACAAUCUUCCAUCUCCCGUUCUUCCUGGUAUUGUAAAUAAUAUUAACAGAGUCAACCCUAACCUUUGUCAGAACCCUGCGUCUUACCUAUCUCAGUUAUCAGUAGCCAAUGAUGCAACACCAAUUGUUCCUAAUGUGUUUAGCGGAUGUAAUCAACUACCUGUAGUUCCCAUUUCUCCGAGCAUUGCUCCAUCUGAUUUGAUAUACUCGAAUGUUUCACCAGUACAGUCCACCCCUUACUCCCCAUGUUUAGCUUCACCACCUACAGUUGUAUCCUCUGCUCCUGUUGUUCCCAACUUAAGUCCCGUCAAUUACAUUUCAACCAUUUCCGCAUCAACCCCAGUUUUUGACAGUUACUCCAAUUUCGUUUCCGAUCUCGUCGGAUCUAUUCUAUCUGUUUUUGAUCCAGAGACUUUGCUUCAAGCUGCUGUGGAUGGAUACUCUCCAGCUGUGUUGACUUCUUCAAAAUCUUAUGUGCCUUCGCAAGACAUUUUAGUGCAACCUUUUGAAGUUUACGAUCAACCUCAGUACAUUGAUGUUUCUCCAAGUUUAUCUUUGCCCAGCUCGAAUGGACCAUCAUCAGCAGUUAUGCCUAUAUCUAUUAGGUUAGACAAUUCAUGUUCUUGUCCUACAUGUUCAUCAUCAUCGUCUGGAUGUCAAUGCUAUGAUCCUAUUGGUUCAGCUCCAGUGCUUCCUCCAGUUAUCAUCGAUGGUGAUGAUGACGAUGAUGAUGAACCGUCAAACUGGAGGGAUGUGUUGAAAUUGGCAGUGUUCAAUAAAUAUUUAAGUUGCAAUGGUGGAUGCAAUGGGGUUAAUCCAUUAGUAGCUCUGCUUUUAGCUUACAUGUAGUGUUAAGUGUGUCUUGUACAUUUGUGUGAUUGUAUUUAAUGUA